CUAAGAGUUAUCGUAGAGCAAAAGUGGAGUUUUAUAUAUUCGUACGAUGUGCUUUCUCCUUUCUUGAUUGCCAUAAUCUCGCCACAGAUGUUAUCCAGAAGACAUCAAGCGUAAAGAAAGAGAUAAGGGGAGGAUCAUAGUACCAGACACGCCGUUAACAUAUCACUGAGGAAAAAAAUAGAAGAAGAAAGGGAGGGAAUGGGAGAAAAAGAAAAAGGAGGAGAGGAAGAAUAUGGUGAGAAGUAGCGAAUAGAAGAAGACAAGAAGAAACAGAAAAGGCGAAGGAACCAGAGAGUAUAUGAAUCGGAAAUAGAAAGGGAAGAAGAAGAAGAAGGUAUAAGUGAUACAGAAGAAAUACUGAACAAAGAGAAGAACCAGCGCAACAAAAUGAUGGACUGGUUUAUCAUUUUCGUCGAUUAUCCCAGAACAACUUUGGGAUUCGCUGCAUUCGUGACAUAUAUUGUGUAUUACCUCGCCAAGGCCGUCAAGCGCCCCCUGUUUGCCUGCAGGAACAGUGCUUGGAGAAUGUUCCUGGAGGAAAAUCUUACCGUCCUUCAGGAGAAGUACUGGCCGACGGUGUGGUGCAUAGAGACCCACCUACAGACUUUCUUCGCUUCGGUUUCGCGAGCAUUUCUUCCUAACAGAGAUUACAAAAGGGAGGUCCUCCGGUUAAAGGACGGCGGGGAAGUGGCCCUGGACUGGCUCGAGGCGAAUGAUCGGAAGGACAAUCCAGUCGCUGUCGUUUUGCCUGGUCUCACGGGAGCCUCUGACAGCGUGUACGUGAUUGGGAUGGUUAUGUCGCUGCACAAGAUGGGCAUUUCCUGCGCCGUCCUCAAUAGCAGGGGCACAGGAGGGAUGGAGCUCAAGACCACCAGGACGUACUGCGCUGCCAAUAGUGAUGACCUAGAGGAGGCCUUAGACCACGUGGCCAACACUCGACCCGGGGCCCCUGUCAUCGCUGUCGGCAUUUCUCUGGGCGGCCUCAUCAUCGGGCACUACCUGACGACGCGGAAGGAGGCGGCGACGAAGAGGCUGGUGGCGGCGGCGGUGCAGUCAGUGCCAUGGAACCUGGUGGAGGGCAUCAGGCACAUCGAGCGGCCGGGACUCAGCCACCUGUUCAACCGAUACCUGGCCUACUGCCUCAAGGGACUGGUUAAGAUCCAUCGGUACCAGCUGGAGGGAGACCAUCCGUGGGACUUCGAGGAGGUGUUGAAGAGUAAAACGGUUCGCCAGUUCGACACGCGGUUCACGGCGAAGCAGUUCGGGUUCGACGACGCCGAACACUACUACAAGGCGUCCACUCUUUACCACAAGCUGGACCACAUCAAGGUGCCUUUCAUCUGCCUCAACAGCGGCGAUGACCUUUUCCAGCCGCUGAAUGCUAAUCCUUUCGGAGCGGCCAGCAGAUCGAGCCACGUGGCGCUCGUAGUGACGGUAAGAGGCGGCCAUAUUGGAUUCAUGGAGGGACUGUGGCCCGCGCAAUCCUACUACAGUGAACGUCUCUUUACUCAGCUGAUAGUGAGCAUAUUCUCCAACCUCGAGACCAUGAAGGACAUUCAGAAGGAGGCAGAUGACUAUGCGAAAGCUACUGAAGUUGCUUGUGGUACCGCGUAGGAGAGAAUAGGUUUCUAUUGUAUUUUUUUUCUCUCUCUCUUUUUCCUGUCUUUUUUUGUUAUUUUCUUUGUUGAGGUAUGGAUAUGUCUUAUAUCAAUGUUGGGUUUUGAUGUCGCAUACUUUCUUGGGCUUUCUAUAGGACAUGGGUUAUU